AUGUUGGGUAAGUUCCUAGUUGCCGCUCUUGCGGUUGUUGCCGGAGUCAACCCUGCCGAGGCUCAGCAGCAAAACAUCUUCGUUACGGGUGUUCCAGUCACUGGAGGAAGUGCUGUUCCUGCUCGCCGAAACAUCAAUGAUCUCGUCAACUCUGGCGGUCCCACUCUGGACCUCUUCAUGCGGGCCGUUCGCUCCAUGUACGAUGCCAAGGAGACCGAUUGGAAGUCCUACUUCCAGGUUGCUGGUAUUCACGGCAAGCCAUUCAUCCAGUGGAACGGCGGUGGUGGCCGAAACGGCAACGGCUGGCCUGGAUACUGCCCCCACGGAGAGAGCAUCUUCCUGACAUGGCACCGACCUUACACCCUGCUUUACGAGCAGAUUCUCGUCGAGCACGCCAAGCGACUCGCCGCCCUUUAUCCCGCCAAGUACCGAGCCCAGUACGUUGAUGCAGCCAACAAACUUCGAGCUCCCUACUGGGAUUGGGCAACGGAUGGUAUCCCUACUAUCAUUACCAAGACCAACGUCAACGUCAAGGUCCCUAACGGCAGCGGUCUCAAGACCAUCAACAUGAAGAACCCUCUCUACACCUACGACUUCCCCAAGAAUGCCCUCAGUGGCAAGUACGGAGCCUGGGAUGACGAGGACCGCAACCGAAUCUACCACUGUCCUGCUCCCGACAGCUUCCCCAGCUCCGCCAACGGACUCCUUCGCAAGCGACCCUACAAGCAAUGGGUUUACGAUGUCAUGACCCGACCCACCACCUUCAACCAGUUUGCUUCCACUGGUGCCAACGGUGCUUCUCUCGAGCAGAUUCACAACGCCAUUCACUGGGAUGCUUCUUGUGCUGGCCAGUUCCUCGCCACCGAGUUCUCCGGUUUCGACGCUCUCUUCUGGCUCCACCACGUCCAGGUCGAUCGUCUCUGGGCCUACUGGCAGGCUAUGCACCCUACCCAGUCUUCUUUCACUGGCUCCUACUCUGGUGGUUCUCGAUACUCUACUCCCCAGGGCACCCGCAUCACCCAGAACUCUCCUCUCCAGCCUUUCUACCGAUCCAAGGGUAACUUCCACACCUCCGAGACUGUUAAGAGCAUCCAGAGCUUCGGUUACACCUACGCUGGACUUGAGUACUGGCACAUGUCCCAGAGCCAGCUCUCCAGCUCUGCUCGAUCCACCAUCAACCGUCUUUACGGAUCAAGCUCCAAGAAGCGUGGCCUCGAGGAGCGUGCUGAUGGCACCACCACCCGUUACUUCGUCAACGUCCAGCUCGACGUCACCGAGGUUGAGCGUCCUGCUCAGGUCAACGUCUACAUUUCCGGAAAGCUUGUUGGUGGUCUCGUCGUCAUGCGACAGCCUGCUGAGGGUAUCAUCCACGGUUCCUUCUCUGCCGAUCAGGCUGCCGACACCCCUCAGCUUCUUGCUUCUUGCUCUCCUGACAAGGUUGCCGAUGCUGUCAACAAGGGUAUCCAGGUCGAGAUCGUCAAGCUUAACGGCAACAAGAUCGACCUCAAGGGCGUCCCCAGCUUGAAGGUCAGCCUUGACGACGUUGCUUACACUCCUCCUGCUGCCGAGGACGACCUCCCCGUUUACGGCAAGUCCAUCACCAAGCCUGCCCAGGCUGCCGCCCUUACCAACGCCAGAGCCGGCCAGGCCCUCAACGUUUGUAACAGGGAGCUUCCUUCUUUCAAGCCUCCCGUCUAA